CAGAUCCAGAAGAGGAUGGGGAAGCAGAACAGUAAGCUGCGCCCUGAGGUGCUCCAGGACCUGCGCGAGAACACCGAGUUCACAGACCACGAGCUGCAGGAGUGGUACAAGGGCUUCCUAAAAGAUUGCCCCACAGGCCAUUUGACUGUAGAAGAGUUCAAAAAGAUAUAUGCAAAUUUUUUCCCCUACGGCGACGCGUCGAAGUUUGCAGAGCACGUCUUCCGCACCUUCGACACCAACGGUGACGGGACGAUUGACUUUAGGGAAUUCAUCAUCGCCCUGAGUGUCACCUCUCGGGGCAAACUGGAACAGAAGCUGAAGUGGGCAUUUAGCAUGUACGACCUGGAUGGCAACGGGUACAUCAGCCGUGGGGAAAUGCUAGAAAUAGUGCAGGCAAUCUACAAAAUGGUUUCAUCAGUAAUGAAAAUGCCAGAAGAUGAAUCCACUCCUGAGAAGCGAACAGACAAGAUCUUCAGACAGAUGGACACAAACAACGAUGGUAAACUGUCUCUGGAAGAGUUCAUCAAAGGUGCCAAGAGCGAUCCCUCCAUCGUGCGGUUGUUACAGUGCGACCCCAGUAGCGCGAGUCAAUUCUAAUGAAAGGGGACAGUGUGCACAGAGAACCUCGGCUUGUGUCCUUCAAGCUUUGCUCGCAAACGGAUGCCUUCUCAACCACCCCUCCUCACUUUGCGGAUAAAACCCCAUUGCCAGAUGUGUGUGUGUGCGCGUGUGUGUGUGUGUCCGAGCGAACCAGCUCUCGCUCCCCUCACUAACACCAGUGCAGCUCUCCUUCGGCAGCUCCGUUCCUGCUUCCCUGUAACGUUACGAUUCACUCCUCACAUUUUAAACAUUAAUUGAAAGGUAUGUUUACAUGCAGCUGCAAAAGAGUUCAAACCGCUGGUGAGAUACCACUUCACUUAGGCUGUAAGAAGUGUUCUAGUAGUUCCCGAGAAGAUGCUAGGUAGGACUUUAACCCGAUAUAGCAGAUGGUAGAUAAUUUAUUUUGCUUGAGAAAUUACUAUGUU